CGGGAGCAGCAGCCUUCCACGGUCCGUCCCUCCCUCUUGUUUGCUAAUCAUUUCAUUUUACUCCUUUUUGAAGCGGUGGCUUGUUUUUAUCCCACUUUUCAUUUCUCCUCAAUCCGCUGCUGCUCGCCUCCCUCUGAUCCCGGCUCCGCACGCUCCGUUCUCCCGGCGUCAGGCUCUCCGGAUCCCGGCUGAUACUCGCCCCUCUCUCUCUCUCUCUCUCUCUCUCGGCUCCUCUGAGAUGCUCUCCUCGCUCUCCGCUUCUCUCUCCGCCCUCUUUUAACUUCACAGAGACGCAGGUUUAAAGCCCGGACUGCUGCGAGCACGGGCUGGGAUCUAAAACAACCCCGGAGAAACCCAGAGGGAUCCCGGCUCUUCUUUGGAUCAGGACCCGGUACUUUGGGGAAGCUCGCUCGUGUGUCCUCCACCCCUCCUUCUGCAUCGCUGCUGCUUUCUCCACCUUAAUCCAGGUGGUCCUUUGGCUUUUUUGAGUGGCUGGUACAGCAGGGAGGAUUAUUCUUCUUCUUUCUAGUUUCUGGUGAAGACAAAGCUCCCAGAAGGACACUUUGAUGUUCUCCAUCCAGGACAGCCUCCCCCGGGGGGCCCUGACCAUGAAGGAGGAGCCGCUCCCCACCGGCAUGACCCCGGUCCGCUCCUGGAUGCAGGGCGCAGGGAUUUUGGACGCCAACACAGCGGCCCAGAGCGGCGUUGGUUUGGCCCGAGCUCACUUUGAGAAGCAGCCGCCGUCCAACCUGAGGAAGUCCAACUUCUUCCACUUCGUGCUGGCGCUGUACGACCGGCAGGGUCAGCCGGUGGAGAUCGAGCGGACGUCCUACAUCGACUUCGUGGAGAAAGACAAGGAGUACAACGGAGAGAAGACCAACAACGGGAUCCACUACAGGCUACAGCUCCUCUACAGCAACGGCAUCAGGACAGAACAGGAUCUUUUUGUUCGGCUGAUCGACUCCAUGACUAAACAGCCCAUCCUGUACGAAGGUCAGGACAAGAACCCCGAGAUGUGCCGCGUCCUCCUCACCCACGAGAUCAUGUGCAGCGGCGUUGGUUUGGCCCGAGCUCACUUUGAGAAGCAGCCGCCGUCCAACCUGAGGAAGUCCAACUUCUUCCACUUCGUGCUGGCGCUGUACGACCGGCAGGGUCAGCCGGUGGAGAUCGAGCGGACGUCCUACAUCGACUUCGUGGAGAAAGACAAGGAGUACAACGGAGAGAAGACCAACAACGGGAUCCACUACAGGCUACAGCUCCUCUACAGCAACGGCAUCAGGACAGAACAGGAUCUUUUUGUUCGGCUGAUCGACUCCAUGACUAAACAGCCCAUCCUGUACGAAGGUCAGGACAAGAACCCCGAGAUGUGCCGCGUCCUCCUCACCCACGAGAUCAUGUGCAGUCGGUGUUGUGACAAGAAGAGCUGCGGGAACCGCAACGAGACGCCCUCCGACCCCGUCAUCAUCGACAGAUUCUUCCUCAAGUUCUUCCUCAAGUGCAAUCAGAACUGUUUGAAAAAUGCUGGAAACCCUCGAGACAUGCGGAGGUUCCAGGUGGUGAUCUCCACUACAGUCAACGUGGACGGCCACGUGCUUGCGGUGUCAGACAACAUGUUCGUCCACAACAACUCCAAACAUGGCCGCCGCGCCCGACGCCUGGACCCCUCCGAAGCAGCCACGCCCUGCAUCAAAGCCAUCAGCCCGAGCGAGGGCUGGACGACCGGCGGCGCCACCGUCAUCCUCAUCGGGGACAACUUCUUCGACGGCCUGCAGGUCGUCUUCGGCACCAUGCUGGUGUGGAGUGAGCUGAUCACCCCUCACGCCAUCCGGGUCCAGACUCCCCCUCGCCACAUCCCCGGGGUCGUGGAGGUCACGCUGUCCUACAAGUCCAAACAGUUCUGCAAAGGAGCGCCGGGACGCUUCGUCUACACCGAAUGCACCCUGAAAGGGAAAAGAACAGUUUCUAUAGUUGGGCCUGAAGAAGAGCUCAGACUGAACUGUUUUCUGCACGCUGACAGUGAAUGUCACACGCAGCCGCUCACACGCAGCCGCUCACACGCAGCGAUACACUGCAGCCGCUCACACGCAGCCGCUCACACGCAGCCGCUCACGCAGCCGCUCACACGCAGCCGCUCACACGCAGCCGCUCACACGCAGCCGCUCACACGCAGCCGCUCACACGCAGCGAUACACUGCAGCCGCUCACACGCAGCCGCUCACACGCAGCCGCUCACGCAGCCGCUCACACGCAGCCGCUCACGCACACGCAGCGACACACUGCAGCCGCUCACACGCAGCCGCUCACACGCAGCCGCUCACGCUCACACGCUCGGCCGUCAUGCAGAAGUCCAGCAGUCAGAGCUCCACGUUUCUUUUGUUAUAACCUUCGAUGGCACCUCGAUGUUUCCCCCGACCUGCUCCCCGAGCAGCCUGCAGCGUCUCUGUGCACAUUCUAGAGUUUACAGACUUCCUUAUAAGCACCUGAAGAAGAACUUCAGGAAGACUUCAGGAUCCUUGAGAAGGUCGAAGGCCUUGAAUGUUUUCCAGGUGUCUCUGUGUCUCCAG